GGCGGAUGUAGCCAAGUGGAUCAAGGCAGUGGAUUGUGAAUCCAUCAUGCGCGGGUUCAAUUCCCGUCGUUCGCC